AUGCGUCACUCCCGUUUGGUUAUUUAUACGGGUGCAAUGAGUGCUCUAGGAGCCAUGACGAUCCUGUCUGCUUUAUUAGGAAAUAUUGUAACAAAAUUCGUUUCGAGAGUUUAUACAUACUAUCUUUCAAGUAUAUUAUUCGCGGGCUUUGGCGUUAAAAUGUUGAAAGAUGGGUAUGGAAUGUCGGCAGAUGAAGGUACGGAAGAAUAUGAAGAAGUUCAGAAUGAAGUGGAAAAGGCAGAAGCGAAAGAAGAUGUCGAAUUAGGCGAUGGAGAAACAGAAGAUAAUUCGUCGAGAAUGAAUCAGCCACAACAAAGAUCAUCGAAACGAAAUACAGGAACUUUCGUUGUCACAAUCAUUCGUCGUUACAUCUCUCCAAUAUUUAUUCAAGCAUUUAUCAUGACAUUUCUCGCUGAAUGGGGAGACCGUUCUCAGAUAACUACAAUUGUCUUGGCUGCUAGUGAAAAUCUCUUAGGUGUUAUUGUUGGUGGUACGAUUGGUCAUGGUUUAUGCACUGGAUUAGCUGUUCUCGGUGGACGUUUUGUCGCCCAGCGUAUAUCACCGAAAACCGUAACACUUGUUGGUGGUGUUGUGUUUCUAAUUUUUGCUUUAUCAGCAUUUUUUAUCCAUCCUGACAAUUAA